AUGUCUUAUUCAGACGAGGUAACGCUACCCCAACGCGAUGCCUGUUCAAGGCUAUUGACCGGGCUUCCUGGAGGAACACGCCAGAUCAGAUAUACCAAUAUGAAGGACCUCAGGGCAGCAGUGGAGGAGUGUUAUGAAGAUGAUACUCAGGAUCCCUUUCUCGUGGUGGUAGACGUGCCUCCAACUAUCCUUGAAGACUUCGAUUCCGAGUAUCUCGAUAAAGGACCUCGAAUUACGGCCAACCUACCAGAAAGACUAUUAAUUCUCAAAACACUGUCAAAUCCUGGUCAUGAAUCCGUCGCGAGCGAUCUGAUAUUUUACAUCAGGGUUGGGAUAUUAGAAAUGGGCCUCCCAGACAGGCUGGCCGAUACUCGUAGCAGCCGAGUCACUAGCAAGAACGGAAGAUUCGUCAAGGAGCCAGACGGUAGCCUCAGACAACUCCAUCAAGAAUGGCCGUCGGUAGUCGUCGAGACUGGACCGUCGGAAGCGGGGGAAAAGCUAUCCAUGGAUGCUAGGGGAUGGUUAGAGACAGAUGGAUCAGAGACCCGAGUAAUCGUUACCGCAAGAAUCGACCAGAAAGCCCGCUGUAUCGUUUUCCGUAAGUGGACAAGGGAGGCUGACGGACGAAUUGCCCCCAUUGUUGUCGAGGAGGAGGUCAUGGCAACUCGCAAGGAGGAUACCACCGAAGUCACUGGUGACAUGACUUUCACCUUUGAGGAGGUCGUCGGCCGGCAGAGGAACGAGGUUAACGAAGGGGACAUCGUUAUCACAAGGGCCGACUUUAGAGAAAUCUGCCAGAAUGCUUGGGCAGCGCAGGGUUUCGGGUGA